AGACUGUGGCCUUGCCUCCAUCUCACAGGACAGCGGGGCGCUUCUGUCUCCUUAAGGCGCGGUCUCCCCCCGGUCCACUGGGGUCCUCCCCCUGCAAGGUACCUUCCCUAAGUUGUGUAGAGGAGAAUGAAAGGACCCGACAGCGUCCAUGCUUAAGAACUGUUCGUAACGCAACGCACACAGUGUGACCGAUGUAAAAUCGGGAGUGCUUGAGGGAAAGCCACUCUGUCAACACGCCUUGACCAAGUUACAGACACUAUUGGCUCCAUGGAGACAUUCUGGGCUGCCUUCGUCUAACACAACUUUGCAAGUCACCGACUCGGAAGGCACCGUUUGGAGUCUCGUAGAAAGGACAGCAGCGCAGCCCCACGUCACUCAACACCCUUCAGCCGCUGCGAUAGCGGACCACAGUCCACUGGGCCGUAACGGUCCCGCCCACGUCCCGCCCUCCAGUGGGCGGGAACAGAAUCGACCAACCAGGAGUUCCUGAGGCAUGCAAAUAAGCCUCCGCCCCCAGAGGAAAGGCGUUUCCCCAGAAGCUGCUGCUGUUGCCUCGGGAGACGCAGUUUGGUCAACCCCGCUAAUCAGCAAUCAAGUCCGUUAGCCAGGCCGGAAGUGGAGACCCCAGCACCCUCCGUCCGGAGCAGGAAGUACGAAAAGGAGGCUCAUACUCCCCGGAAGCCGAGCCCUGGACACGCCCACCUGCCGGAAACGCCGGCGGUGCUUCUCUGACAGCGUUGCUCUCUGACAGGAUUGCUGCGGAGGUGGACAGGCGGCGGGGUCAGGGCGGAGGCUGAGGACCAAGUAGGCAUGGCGGAGGGCGGGACCGGCCCCGAUGGACGGGCCGGCCCGGGACCCGCAGGUCCUAAUCUGAAGGAGUGGCUGAGGGAGCAGUUCUGUGACCAUCCACUGGAGCACUGUGACGAUACAAGACUCCAUGAUGCAGCCUAUGUAGGGGACCUCCAGACCCUCAGGAACCUACUGCAAGAGGAGAGCUACCGGAGGUAUGGGGCAGAUGUUGAUGUCAACCAUCAUCUGACUCCUGACACCCGGCCCCCUUUUUCACGGCGGCUAACCUCCUUGGUGGUCUGUCCUCUAUACAUCAGUGCUGCCUACCAUAACCUUCAGUGCUUCAGGCUGCUCUUGCAGGCUGGGGCAAAUCCUGACUUCAAUUGCAAUGGCCCUGUCAACACCCAGGAGUUCUACAGGGGAUCCCCUGGGUGUGUCAUGGAUGCUGUCCUGCGCCAUGGCUGUGAAGCAGCCUUCGUGAGUCUGUUGGUAGAGUUUGGAGCCAACCUGAACCUGGUGAAGUGGGAAUCCCUGGGCCCAGAGGCAAGAGGCAGAAGAAAGAUGGAUCCUGAGGCCUUGCAGGUCUUUAAAGAGGCCAGAAGUAUUCCCAGGACCUUGCUGAGUUUGUGCCGGGUGGCUGUGAGAAGAGCUCUUGGCAAAUACCGACUGCAUCUGGUUCCCUCGCUGCCGCUGCCAGACCCCAUAAAGAAGUUUUUGCUUUAUGAGUAGCAUUCACAUGCAGUGCUGACUGCAAUGUGGAAGCCGAUCACCUGCAGUGAAAACUGACACAGACUCUGGCAUCCUGGGAACCAUGGCCUGUGCUGCCAGCUUGAUCCUUGGCUGUCAGUGAAGAAGAAACGGCUGUGUUCUCUUGGACUGUGAUUCUAUCUCAGGUGCUUGGGCCAUCGAACGCUCCUUGAGUCAUUGUCAACUGAGAGGCACAUACAAACUUAAUUUUGUUCCUCUUCAGUCUCUCUGUUUUGGAUUCUUCCUGGCAAUGUGUGCAGCAUGGGCUGAGCCUGGUGAUUGCCCUAGUGGGGAAGGCUUUUUUCUCCAGGCUAUGCAUCUAUUUAUGUUCCUACUUUGCAAUUUAUUGUUCUUUUAAGGCUUGAUAUCAAAACAGAAAGAGGUUUGUUAAGAAAAGAUAUAGGGAGAAGGAAUUCGGUUCGUGCACUUGCUAGCCUGCUUUCUUGCCUGGGUUUGUCUGUCUAUGCUGCCUGGUGCACAUCCCUUCUCUUUGCUGCCACUGUUCUAUUUUGGGAGUUGUCUUCCGUCUAAGAUGGCUUCUGGGGUUCUAUCUUAUUGCACAGAGGUCCCAGAACAGUGUUCAUAGGGCACCAUCUGCUCUGCCAAGGGUUUUCUGAUGUCUUACCCUGGGGAUCUUCAGACAGUGGUUACCUUUAGGAGACCCACCUGGAACUAACCAUUAAGUGACUGCCCACAUUCAGAUCAGGGACCAUCUUAAUAGUACUCACUGCCAGUCCUCACAAGAGAAGAUGACACGGGUGCUCUCUUCAGACACUCCCAUACAGGAAGUGGAAAAUGUCUUGGUCACCUGGGUGGUUCCAGGCUACAACUUCUUGGUGUCCACUAGACAGGAUAUCUAGGUGUUGGGUGACUGUUCCUCCCACUUUCUGACCCAAUGCCUUUGUGGGUGCUUCUAGAGGUCUUUCCCUGUCCUGCCCAGGGCUGUUGGUGGGUGAGAGAGAUGAGCUUAUUGCAGGAUUGCAGGUUUGUUUAACUCUUGAGUGGUGAGUGUCACAGCAGGUGGGCCCAUAACCACGGCCUUGAGCAUCCUUAGGUUGCUCCUGUUUCAGUGAAGUCACCUUUUGUCAUUCUGAAGCCUGUUAGGAUUACUGUGUGGACCUUGCUGAUUAUAGACUUGAGAAUAUUUGGGACAAGCAGGUAAUAAAUCUGUUUAGACUUUUGGCCAUAAAGGGGAUUUAACUUGUUAAUACUUUCCUAGUGUACCAUUUUGUGUUUUAGCUGACCAGUCAGGCAGUUGGUAGCCUUGGGAUUCUGUGGAUGGAGUUCCAAACCCCACCCCAGUGCCUCAGGAAGGCCCAAGGCAGCAACACCAAGCUGGUCCAAAUGUACUACAUGAGUUUUGAUGAGCCUUGCCCAGUCCUGGACAGUGAGUCCUGUGUCUGGGGCAGGAAUGAGCUGGCCAGAGCCUGUCCCUGUCUCCCCACAGCUGUUCUGUGUGGCCCCAGCACAGCUCUUCACUUGGACUUGAGUAGCUUUCCCUGUCUCAAACCAGUUUUCAGAACCUUUCAAUCACUUCAAGGUUCUGCAUGUUCAGAAUUUCCAGCCGGUAACUCUGAAUGUGACACAGCAUCGGCAUGGACUGAGGGCACUUCCCCUUGUCGCCAGUAUGCUAUGAAGGCACUGCAUGUCAUUGCUGUCAAGGAUGAGGUACGGGGUAAGAAGCACCCCAGGUUCAUGAGAGGUACCAUAGGAAGUUGAUGUGACUUCGGUGAGGACUGACCCUCUACUCAGCAGACUUCUGAGCUCUGGUUACCUGUGUCCUUCCUAGCAUGGGGAUGUGGGUGUCUGAUGAACCUACUGCCUUCUGGCUGAACUGGCCCUAGCAGAAGAGCUUAGUGGUCCAGAGGAAGGAGCCUGAGGGUUGUCCCAGCUCAUCAAAGGGGUAUUUGUGGGGUUGUUGCUGUUACUGGGGCAGCCACUUGAUUUAAGUGAAGACUUGUGUAGUGGAAUCUUGGCUAGGCAGGUUGGAACCAGUGAUGAUCCCUCAGAAUUUAUCUUUUCAGUAUUGGGCUUUUAGACAUAUGUCCAGAAACCUGCCAAGGCAAUGCCAUACAUUUUGUAGCUAUUUUACUUGUGAUGUCUAUCUGUCUGUCUGUCUGUCUGUCUAUCUAUCUAUCUAUUAAUCUAUUAUCUACUUAUCAUCUAUGUAUUUAUGUAUUUAUUUGUUUAUAUAUUUUUGUAUUUAUUUAUUUAUUCAUAUUCUUUUUCCAUAAGAGGACUUAAGCUGGAGAGUCUUAUUUUGUUUUGACAGUAGAUUGGUAAAGUAGAUAAUUGGCAUUUUUCAAAUAUUGACCAGUACUGAUGUCAGGCUUAAGGACCAUUAUUUCAGAGUUUCCCCUUUUCACUUUCAUGAAUGAAUUUUUAGAUAAAAAUUUCCUGAAAGAUAAAGUCCUGACUGUGGGCCAGAGCGGAGGGAAGUUCUUCAUGCCUGAGAGCUGCUCUGGCCUGUGCUCAGCCAGUUCCUGGAGCAGUGUCUGCUCUGCAGCAGACAGGAAGAGCUCUUCCUGUGCCUUUCCAGGGACCCUGCUGAGGUCCUGUGAAGUGCCGAGGCUGCAGACACUUUGUUUGGGAGGGGUCUCUGUCCUGAGAAAACUGCUUCCUAGUGGAAGUGCACUUACGGUGGUCACAGUGCUGAGAGCCCACAGUCUGGAUUUGGGAUUGACCUUGUGGGGCGGUUGGAUCAUCUUGACCCACAGUGCAGCACCAACAGAGAGCCAUUCGAGCAAAAGGGUAAGGGUGGCUUGUAGUACUUGAGGAAAUCAAAUUUCCUCAGCUGACUGGACUGCCUUUUAUUCUUCAGUCAUGUCAUUCCUGACAACAGAAGGCUUGCUGGAAAGGGAUGGUAUGGGGCUAUGGCUUUGCAUGUAAAACACUUUUGAUUGGGAUCCACAGCAGUGUUCUUUUCACCUCUGCCUGCUGCUGUCCUGGCACAGUCUGAUUGUAGUGGAUGCUACAUAUUAAUGAGGAAGUUUUAGAUCCUAAGUAGCAUUCCUGGUGGUGAAAGGCAUUGUGGCUUUCCCAUGGCCUGGGGUCUAAGUGUAAGCUGGAGGACCACUGUGCGCGACCUGAGGAGUCUAGACAUGCUUUUGAAGCGCCUCUACCACCCCAGAUCCAUGAGGUCACCACAGAAAGUGUGGCCUUUUUGGUAAGACUUGCUUGUCCUUCACUCAGGCCUUGGGAACCAGUGGCACCUAGGAUGCUGGUGAUGAUGUCACCAGUGGUGGUCUGCUGGUACCUGUGUCUCCUUGGUGCCUGCACACCGGGCACUUGGAGACUAAUCCUGCCCUGCAGGGAUCAGAUGACUUUCCAUCCGCACAGAGAUUCCUGGAAGUGCCUCUUGACUUGGGAGCUUCUUUCUUUCCCUUGCUCAUUUUCACCUCGUUGCUCUCCUUCCCAGAGUUCCUUGGUGUGCAAUAAAGUAGUAGGUAUAACUGGUUAGGGACUCUUAGUCAUCUCAGGAAAGUCCCACAGAUGGGUACAUGCAAGCUUUGAAGUGGGCAGUGAUCUGUGGAAUUUACUAUACACUCCAGCCUGACAUAGGACAAUGGAGUGAGGAGAAUGCGGGGAACUGCCGUAGCCUUAACAGACACCCAAUACCCAGUGUCAAUGAUGCAUGGGGAUCCAACCAGAUCCUGUGCAUGUAAGACAAGCACUCGACCACUGAGCUGUAUCUUCUGCCUCUUUAUGUCUUAGGUAAAUGAAGCAAUGGAAGGGUUUUUGUAAAUCUCACUUGAGAUUGCCAUUUAUGAACCUAAUUGUCUUGGACAUGCAAUGUCAGUGCCCUGUUCUCUCCUGCAGUGUCUGCAUGGCGUCCACUACUUCUGUUGGUGUUGGGCGUGUGUAGUGUCCCGUGCACUGGGGCCUGUGUGCUUGUGCUGAAGUCGUGCUCACUGCAGCCCUCUAGUUCCUGUUUGAGGAUGAAUGAGUGCUUGUUUGCAGUGCCCUGGACUGACUUGCUUUUGCCCUUGUGCCUAGUUAAGAGAUUUCAAAAGGUCAAUGACUUUUUUUAUACAUUGUUAUAAUAAAUGCUUUAUUGCCCUCUGAUUUCCUUCCCACAUGCCUUAAUUUUGUGGCCCGUGUCUCACUGAAUAGAAGCUUCCUCUGUGUACAGUCUCUUAUUUACAUUAGUUCAUCAUUCAUUCAUUCAUUCAUUCAUUCAUUCAUUCAUGUGUGAUGUGUGUGUCAUCUUGUAUCUGCGCUCACAUAUAAGCUAUGGUGUGGAUGUGGAGAUCAAAGGACAGUGUUUGGGAGUUGGUUCUCCCAAGAGCCGAGCCUCUUAUAGCCUCCCCGUGCAGCUGUGUGCACAGUUCAAGUGGGAGGGGCUGGCUCCUGGAUAGCUUCCUAUGGCUGGAGAGAAGGUUCUAAAGCAGGAGUCUGUAGCUGUUCAGUGGAUCUUGGGGUUGCAGGGAGAAAUCUAGUCUUUUGCCCAGGAUUAAACUAUUUAGUGUUGCUUGGUUCACUUUGUGGCUCUGGUUCCAGAACUGAAGAGAGUUCCUUCUCACAGCCUUCCUUCAGUAACAUUGCACAGCAUUCUGUGGUGUGGGGACAUGAGGGACACUGCCAUUUGUGCCCCAUGUGAUAUGUGACUUAUUUUGCCAGUUGAAGGUAAAAUCUGGCAAUUUGGGAUAAGCGUGGAGUGACUGAACUGAAUAAAAGUUAUUUCUUCAUCUUGA